AAAAAAAAAAAUAUUUUAUUAAACAACAACAAAAACACAAAUCUACAACAAAAAGCAAUAAACUUGGCAAUUCACAACCCAUUUACUAACCAUAGACAUAGAAACGCCGGAUUAGCUGUACAUUUGUGGAGAAACGCUUGCAACGGCAACGCAAAGGUUGUGAAAACUUGUGAAAAACAAAGAAAUCUGAUUGUUUUACUACAUAUGAUAACACAGCUAUUAUCAAACUAUAGCAGAGACUGCAUGCAUACAUAUAAAGUGCAUGCAAAUUUGCUAUAAAAACAGCAAAUAUUACAAAAACAAAGCAUACAAUUUCGCAAAAAAAACAUAAAAAAAUAAAACAGUAAAAUUUUAUUUAAAAAACAGAACAAACCACAUAUUUAUACUGUGAAAAUUGUGAGUGAAAUAUAAGAAGUGCAGCGUAAUGCUAUAAAAAACAGCUGAUUUUUGCUAUAAAAAAUAAUUAUUGUGUGCCUAAAGCUAGAAGAAAGUGAGAAAGAUAACGCUCACCUCACUGUGAAUUUCGAACUGACUGCUACAACAAUUCAAUACGCUUACAACGCAUUUGAAAAAUCUAUUAUAAAUUUCAAAAUUUUAUAAACGCAAUUAACUUGCAACAAAAACGGAGUUAUAGCAGGAAGAGCAGUCCCACUUGGAGAGAGCAGCCAUUGUCAAGUUGCUUAGUGCUGCCUUAACACGUGGCUAAUAUAACAACUUUCUAAGCUACUAAGUAUAGCGAAGCAGAAAAGGCGGUAAAAAGUGCAAAACUGCAAAAAAAGUAAAAGAGAGGUACAACGCACUUAGAACUCGCGGAGCAAGUAUUGGGAUCACCAUAAUAGCAACAAUUUUAAUUACUUAGCAACAGCCGCUCGAGAUAGUUCGACGACAGCUUUUGCAAAACGCAAAGCUCCCCACAAGCUCACUGACUAUACACGCCCACUCUGGCGUACGCGCGCUCUCUCGCCAAUAUUUUAAGCGCUUACUGCAAUUUUGCAACAACAAGGAGCUAAUAUAAUGAAAUAAAACUGCAUUGAGACUAGAUACAACGAGCGAUUUAGAAUCAUUCGGUCGUUGCAAGUUCGACAAGACUUAAGCUGCAUUGGAAUCGUCCCUGUAUUAGUGUUGGUGCAAAACGUACACGAGCGCUAAACAUACGCCUUAGCGAGCACAGAUACGAGGAGAACACAUUGUAGCCGGACGUCAGUGUUUGAGGAACAAAAAGAACGACGACAACAACACCAACAACACUAACAACAUAAUCGUAUUAAUCACAGCAGCGAUCGUAAGUGCAGGCUUUUUUUGCUUUCGCCAACAACAACAACACUUGCGUAUAUCAGCGACAGCUUUGCCGACGGUGAAGCGCAUUCGUUGCUGUUCGUCGGUCUAAGAUCGGCGCUGCUGCAGUAAUUACAUCGUUGCAUUCGAUUGCAUUUCGCAAACGCGUUGAGAGCAGAUACGCUCUCGCCACCACCACAAAUAUCACCAGCAGCACUACCAGUACCACUACUAGUGCAGCCAUCACACCGAACUACGAAGCUUUACAACGGAAACCGGCCCCAACAAGCCGGCGGCACAGCACUACAUAUUGAAUUGUGAUCAGUUCAUUGCUGAAACGCAUCAUACUUUGGCGCGCACGUUCUCAGACGCUGCGAAACGAAGCAAUUUUUUUUUCUUUGUUUGCACUGCACCCGAUUGCAACGAGCCGAGAAAGUGCAUCCGAUUCAUUGCUGUUGCUGUUGUUGCUCUCGCAUAGAGAUUUGAAUUCGACAACCGGUGUUGGUACGGCGACGAGCGAUUCAGUCGGUUAGUGUGCAAAUAAGUAGUAUCCGGAGCAGGAAGGCAGCAAACUGACGACGGUCAGCGCAAACGAAUUGCAGUGAAUCAAAAUUUUAUUAGAAAAAUAUAAUUAGAGAAAACCAAAUUGGCUAAAACAAAACACAAAAAUAAUAGACGUGAAUGUGGUGAAUGCAAAAAAAAGUUGUGUAAUCAGAAAAGAAAAAGAGCUUUAGAUGCAGCAGUAAAAUCAGCGUGGAAAAUCCGCAAUUGAAACGACAAAAAAAAAUUUGCUACCACGGCCAAGUGCAACGAGGUCCAUUCACUGCACACAGCAAAGUUCAGCGCUAGCAACAGCCAUAACCGCCAUACGAGCACGAGCAACUCGAGGAGAAGCAGCAGCAGCUGGAGCGGCAGUAGCGAAAGAGCACACUCAUUGCAUUGGCAUUACUUGGUGAUCCGUGACGUGUACCCCCUCGUACAAGUUUAAUAGGUACAUCGUCGUCGUUCCAGAUUCGCGUUUCGUUUCGUGUGAUCGCCGCGUGGCAACGUGCAGUUCGCGUCUGCAACCAACACGAUUGAGAGUCAAUGAAAUUGGCAAAUCGACAAACUGUGCAGGGAAUCUGCAAGUGAACGGCAUAUGUGAAAAACGUGUUCAAAGUGCUACGAAAAAGAACCUUCAUCAAAAAGUAAAUCGUAUAAAUACGGUGUAUAAGAAGAGAAAUUAUAUUAAAGCAUAGAACAAAUUAUUAAACUUAAAAAGUAAAUUUUAAACAAUUUCGUGCUGUUUGAAAUUUAGCUGUGAAUUAAACGAGCAAAGCAAACUACAGCGCAGAAAUCAAGGCGUAUUGGUAGAAGAAGAAAAGCAGAAAAGCCCCAUCAACGUGUUCUCUUAGUGAAAUUUUAUACAUUUGUUUGAAUAUUUUUGUGUGCAUUGACCGUUUUGUUUUAGUUUUAUACUAUUUGUUGUUAAAUACUACCAAUACAUCACAUAAAUAUAUACUUAACUCUAAGCACAAGCGACUACAUUACAUAUUUACAUUGAUAUUAUAAGAAAAGGAACAAAAUAACAGCAACAAACGAAACAUAAAAGGAAAACAUAAAAACAACGCAGUCCAAACUUCUUUUGGUGGUGUUUCUACGUGCCUCUACAUUACAUUAGCUUACUAGGAUCAGCAGUACAUAAGGAAUAAACAACAAGUCUGUCUACAUUUUCAAACGUGCAUUAAGGAUAAAACAAUUAAAAUGGCGGAAGGCAAUGGCGAACUGGUAGAUGACAUCAAUCAAAAAUCAGAAGAUCGCGGCGAUGGUGAAAGAACGGAAGAUUAUCCAAAACUCUUGGAAUAUGGCUUAGAUAAAAAAGUUGCCGGCAAACUAGAUGAUAUUUACAAAACAGGUAAAUUAGCGCAUGUGGAAUUGGACGAACGCGCGCUGGAUGCGCUCAAAGAGUUUCCGGUUGAUGGUGCCUUGAAUGUAUUGAGUCAGUUCCUCGAAUCAAAUUUGGAACAUGUAUCGAAUAAGUCUGCGUAUUUAUGUGGUGUUAUGAAAACCUAUAGACAAAAAAGCCGCGCCAGCCAACAGGGAGUACCAACGCCAGCGACCACAGUUCAAGUCAAGGGACCGGAUGAGGAGAAAAUCAAGAAAAUACUCGAAAGAACUGGCUACUCCUUAGAUGUGACCACUGGUCAACGCAAAUAUGGCGGACCACCACCUAAUUGGGAUGGUCCAACACCCGGUAAUGGCUGCGAAGUUUUCUGCGGGAAAAUUCCAAAAGAUAUGUUUGAGGAUGAAAUUAUACCAUUAUUUGAGGAAUGCGGUACAAUAUGGGACCUUAGACUUAUGAUGGAUCCGAUGACGGGUACAAAUCGUGGAUAUGCAUUUGUUACCUUCACGACGCGUGAAGCGGCUUCAAAUGCCGUACGACAGCUCGAUAAUCACGAAAUAAAACCUGGCAAGUGUCUAAAAAUUAACAUUAGCGUACCGAACCUGCGCCUAUUUGUAGGCAACAUACCCAAGUCGAAAGGCAAAGAGGAGAUUUUAGACGAGUUUGGUAAAUUAACAGCUGGCCUUAUUGAAGUGAUCAUCUACAGUUCACCCGAUGAUAAGAAGAAAAAUCGCGGAUUCUGCUUCCUCGAAUAUGAGUCACACAAAGCCGCCUCGCUGGCAAAACGAAGACUUGGCACUGGCCGAAUCAAGGUCUGGGGAUGUGAUAUCAUUGUCGAUUGGGCUGAUCCGCAAGAGGAACCAGACGAGCAAACAAUGUCAAAGGUGAAGGUCUUGUACGUGAGGAAUCUAACGCAAGACGUUAGCGAGGAAAAACUAAAGGAGCAAUUUGAGCAAUAUGGUAAAGUUGAGCGCGUUAAGAAAAUCAAAGACUACGCUUUCGUGCAUUUCGAGGAUCGCGAUAGCGCUGUUAUUGCAAUGCGCGGCCUUAACGGCAAAGAGAUUGGCUCUUCUAAUAUUGAGGUCUCACUUGCCAAACCACCAUCGGACAAGAAGAAGAAGGAGGAAAUCCUACGUGCACGUGAACGUCGCAUGAUGCAAAUGAUGCAAGGACGUCCCGGUCUCGUUGGCUAUGAACAAUUAUCUCCAUACAGAAACUUAUCGCCCACACAUCCCAAUAUGAUGUCAUUAGCAGCGCCAAUGCGCUUACCUGGUGGCCCACGAAUACCGCUACGCGCACCAAUACCACGUGAUUACGAAGAAAAAGUUGAAAGAAGCACGAAAAGAAUACCACAGCAAAAUUUUUCCCAAUUUAUAGAUUAUGAUUACGACUUUUAUGGUUAUUCGGAUUAUCGUGGCGGCUACAAUGAAUCCUAUUAUGACGAUUUUUAUCGCACCUAUGAUGGAGAGUACUUCUUUGAUUAUCCACCGAGCGGUGUGACACCAUUGCCAACUGGUGGACCCGCUGGUGGACUGCAGAGAACGGCCAGAAAUAAUGUGGGGGUUGGUCGUGGACGUGGAAUCACGGCCACGCGUGGCCGAGCCGUUGGGCUCCGUGGCAACAUCAGCCGUCAGGGGGCCCCUCAAGCGGCGGCGGCGGUGGUGGCGGCGGCGGCGGUGGCAGUUCAGCGGGGGGCCACCGCUCAGGGGGCUCAGGCAGCAACCGGGGGGGUCCGUGGGGUGGGACAAAUGCGUCCCAACGCUCGUGGCACCCAGCACGCCAAGCCGCUACAAAAUUUACCAGUAGUCGGUAAACGUAAAUUCGAUGGAGGUCACCAAAAUCCUGCAGAUAUAAAGCGACGUUACCCGAGCGGUUUAAUCGGAAAUGGCAGUUGGGGCAGUAUACCGUUACCACAACAACCACUGGGCACCAAUGGCGAGCAAUGGUACACAGAUACAUUUCCAAAUUGGGCUUAAAUAAUUAUAAUAAUAUUACAAAAAAAACAAAAACAAACAACAACAAGAAGCGCAUAUUACAAUAACAACAACAAUAAAAUGAAAACCACAUCAAGUAGCAGUCAUUACAGAAGCGAUUACAUUAGCAAUAAUAACAACAACAACAAAAACUAUAUAA